AUGAGCAACCCCCUCGCAUCCAAAACCCAGGGUCAGAAGAUCUUCGAGAAGCUCAAGGCCCACCGCUCCAAUAAGAUCUGCUUUGACUGUGGCGGAAAGAACCCGACGUGGGCGUCGGUGCCCUUCGGCAUCUACCUCUGCCUUGACUGCAGUGCUCACCACCGUAACCUCGGUGUCCAUAUCUCCUUCGUCCGCUCCACCGUGCUGGAUCAAUGGCAAUGGGAGCAGCUCAGGACGAUGAAGGUCGGCGGGAACGAGUCGGCGACCAAGUACUUCCAGUCGCACGGGGGCUCGGCAGCUCUUGCAUCAAAGGAUCCGAAGGUCAAGUAUGGAUCUAGCACAGCAUCAAAGUACAAGGAGGAGCUCAAGAAGCGCGGCGCGGAGGACGCGAAACUGUAUCCGGGUGAAGUCGUGGUUGAGGGCGGCGACGAGCCGGCCACCCCCGCUGAGACAGAGGAUGACUUUUUCUCAUCGUGGGAUAAGCCUUCUAUUAAGCGACCCACGCCCCCGCCUUCACGCACGGCGACACCGCCGGUCAUUGGGCGCACUUCCUCGCCCUUGGUUGCUAAUGCCGCCGGUGGUGCUGAUAUCGCGAGGACAAAGUCACCGCUGACGUCCGGUGGUUCGACUCCGGCGACCACUCCCCCCGUUUCUCGUACUACGACCUCUUCCGCGCUCCGCACAAAGGCGGGUGGUGCGUCUGCGGCUGGGGCCCGCCGUACCGGUGUUCUAGGCGCAAAGAAACCGCAGAAGCUUGGUGCCAAGAAGGUUACCGGUGGUGAUGCCCUUGACUUUGAGGAGGCCGAGAAGAAAGCAAAAGAGGAGGCCGAGAGGAUCGCAAAGUUGGGAUACAACCCCGACGAUGAGGUGAAGGACACCAAGGCCACGCCUCUCAGCCCGGUUCCUGCGGUUAGCACUACCUCCCACCAGAGGCAGAGCAGUGACACCGAGAGAUUAGGAUUGCAGAUGGGACGACUUGGGUUCGGGCAGACUGCUGGCGCUGCUGCAGCGAAGCCGGCUGCGAAGAACAUGGGUGGUUUCGGAUCUGUUGGGCCUGUUAAGGCUGCUGUUGAAGACGACGACGAGAAAUAUGCUCGCACCAAAUUUGGUUCUCAAAAGGAAGCCAAGACCCGUCUCCAAGGUUUUGAGGGCGCCAGUGCUAUCAGUAGCAGCCAAUACUUUGGUCGCGAUGAGGAUGAGCGUGUAGGCAGCGCCGGAGGUGACGAUUUCAGCAACCUUGAAGUUACCGCCAGGGAAUUCGCCAGACGAUUCGCGGGUACCGCUAGCGAAGAUUUGGAGAACGCCGCGGCAGCGCUCGGGCAAGGUGCAAGCAGACUGCAGGAUGUCGUCAGGCAGUACAUGCGAUAG